UCGCGGACGGGGCAGUUGCCGCAGCGACCGGCGUCGACGAGGCGACGAGGCAGCGCCAUGGCCGCCGGCUGGACGGCGCUCGUGCUGUUGUCCGUGGCGGGGGCCGGCUCGGCGCUGGACUGCAUGGAGUCGAAGUGCUUCCCGCACGAGCGCGCCGACUGCGCCGACCCGGAGGCCGCCGAGGUGAAGGCGUGCGACCGGGAGACGGCCUUCUACGUGAUGCGGCGCAAGCUGGGCGUGGAGCACGUGCUGCGCGUCAACACGUCCGUGCCCUUCAACUGCGUCAAGUUCAUCGGCACCAGUGAGUCGGCGAGCGCUCCAGCACCCGGGACACCGCAAUGCAACACAAAUAUUCCUGCAAAAUUACACAUGCAGCGAGCUGGGCAUGGAGAACAAGAAGAUGACGCUGCGGCUGUGCCACCCCAAGGUGGACAACCAGUGCGCCAUGAUGGAGCGCAUCUUCGACGACGCGAUCCGGCGCACGGGCGUGAUGGACCUGCAGAUGAGCUGGGAGUGCGUGGUGUGCCGCGAGGACCGGUGCAACGGGGCGCCGGGGGCGGGCGGCGGGGGCCUUACUGCGGCGGCGGCGGCGGCGGCGGCGGUCCUCUUACUGGGGCGUCCCGGCGCGCUGCCGUGAGGUCGUCCUGUGCUUCCCGACGUCAACCUGCUUUCGGAAAGGACCACAACAAAAACAAAUUCUUGCCAAUAUAUUGACCCUCAAAAAAUUGUCUGUUGACUAUAUAAAGAAUGGUUUGUUUUUUUCAAUGUCCACCAAAUAGCUUCACGAUUAUUUCGCUCAUGUAAAUCGGUUUCACUUCUUGACGAUUACACUAAAGUGCUCACGAAAUAACCCUUGACUAAUAACCUCAGCCGGUUUAUAAACAAGGAGAAAUAGUGGCUAAACGAUGACCUCGUUAUCGACCAGUGAGCUGAAAAAAAUCUGCGAGAUAAUCGUGGCUUUACUUAUUAAAAAAAAGAUACAGGAAAAACUCGCGAUUUGAUUGACUUGUAGGAUGGACUCUAUGAUCCUCUAUGCCAUCGGGAAAACUAAAUCUGCUCAUUGACUACUGACUUGAGACACCUGUUAACUGGAAUUCUCCUGAUUCGAUAAUUUUUUUUGUUGAAAGUUUUUUCAUUAAAAAAAAGUCUUUCAGAUGAACUGUGGUCCAAUCAAUUUGUAUUCUAGCCUAUUUUGAAUUGAAUCCGUGACGUUUUUUUUUUUACUGGAAAAAUUCGCAUGUUUAAUGACCACGAUAGAAUCCACACUCAGUCAAAUGCGACCUGUACAUUGUUUGCUGCUGACUUGUGACGCGUCUCAACUAGAUAACUUGAAGGUCUCUAAUUGGCUCACAGUCCUCCACAUUAACAGCGAACCAAUAGCAGAAGUAGCACAGAGGUUUGAAUAUUGUUAGAAUUUUAGCAUAACACGAAAUGAAACCGCGAUUUUUUCUGUAUUUAUUUAUAAGGGACAGAAAGAUUUGUUUUUCAUGGAAAAUUUUUUUUCAUCAAUAACAUAAAAAAAAUAUUUGUAUGUCACCACAAAAUAUUUAGUGGGGUAUUCAUUAUGGCAAAAAUUAUUGGUUUUAUUUAUUUUUCCAAUGAAAACGUUUUCGAUGAAGAAAAUACAUAAAAACAUAAAUUGUUACCAGUAACAGAAUAAACAUUUUACAGAACAUCAUAAAACAUUUGUUACAAGAACAAAUAGGUGGUAGCUCCAGCUCAUAUUUCUGUUUCUUCAAAAAUACUUUUUUUUUGUUAUACGAUCAAGACAGCGUAAUAAAUUAUAUUGGGUGCUUGAAUUUUUUUUACCUCCUGGACAGGCUGUGUAGGUCUGCUGUUUACCAGCAUUAUUUUGACGUGUGUCAGGAGACGCCUUGAUACAAUCUCAGAGAGAUUGCUCAAAUGUAUAAGGGUACGUAAUCUUAGUUAGUCGUCGAAUGAUAACACGAAUUUCGCAAGUCUCUAUUUGUUACUCCAACUUAAGCCUACGAUUUUCAAACGAAUAUUUACUUGUAUUUUGAACGCUAUGCGUGUUUUUCCAUUCUUCCAGUCACGAGAUGUCGACCAACCACCGCUCCAAAACUGGAACAUUCAAUUGCGUCCACCGCAACGCACGUUUCUCGUAGACUCUGUCGGCAAAGUAAGCCGUUCAGAUGUUGCGACCGCGAAGUUAUUUCUUCGCUGCUUAGGUUUGAUGAGGGCUUGUUUUACCUCCGUCGUUUAGCCCAGUUGCUGCAACUGUUUCCGCUUGAUGUGCGCUUGUUUUCGUAGUUAGUUGAAGGGCUGAUAGAUCCGUACCACGUGGUCUUCUACCAGGCAGAAGACCUUCAUAGUUGACCUGUACGUUUACGUUUACCGUAACUGCGUGCUUACGGCUACCUAAUUUUUUUUCCGUGUACACCUCACGAAACAUUUUGUUGUGAUAGCCAUGGCCAUCAAAAGGAUUAGGUUAACUUUUGAAAUAUUUUUCAAUUCGUUUGUGAACCCUUAUAUUGGGACGAAAAUUACGAUACUAUUUCUAAUAUAAUUAAUUAAACAUUUUAACCUGAAAGUUUUCAUGUAAAAUAACAGAUAUUUGUGAAAUAAUACCUUUACAUGAAACAAUUUUAUUACUACAAAAUAGUGUUCGCAAAAAUACUGGGUUCAGAUUCUUAACUGGGCAUUUAUGCUUUCUGUUGUCUCAGUACCUCCAAUAGUUAAAGUUUGUUGUAAACAGUUCCCUGAAUAGCUGUUCAAUAUUAACUUACUGUGGCAAUAAUAAGCAUUAUACAACAAAAUAAAUUCAAGAUGAUGAAUAUUCUAUUAUCUUCCUCACGGUUUAAAAAAAAUAUGCUUGAAUCAAACAUCAAUUAAAAUUAAAAAUAUAUUCCAAAUAAAUUCUUAGUAUUAUCUCGAAAAAAUUAUUUCAUAUAAGCAAAAAUUAAAUAGCCAUGUGUUGUAUACAAUGUUACAAUAUAUUUCUUGUAGUAUUAAAAACUGUUUCUUGUCACCUGGUUUUUAUGAGAAUCUUUUGUAAAAGUACAGAGUUUUUUUUGUGUACAAGUUAUGCUAUACGAACAGAUCACUUUUAAAAUUAUGGCCACGUUAAAGUUUACAAUAUUUUAAUUAUUUUAUUUGUAGGGUUUGACAAGUUGUACAUUGAAUAAUGAUUAUAGGUCCCAAAAUGCAAUUAUUUGCCCCCGAACGUUUAUUUUCUCUCGACAGAACUGAAUAAUAUAAAAUAAUUUUGUAACAUCAACAAAUAAAGCUUGAUUUUAAAUACAAAAACACGUUGUUACAUACAAGCCCAUUUGGAUACAUUACGAUUACAUUUUUCGUCAAAACAAAAUAUAAAAAAGAACUGUGUUGGUCUUGGCACGCAAUUGUACACUUUAUACAAAUGGCUCAAUUUUGUAUCUAAUUUGGCUAUUUCCUAUUCAUGAGCAGGAAUUUCUUGUAACACUUUUAAGGCUAGCAUUCUUGUAAAAGAAAUUGGGUAGUUCUGAAAUCAUCAUCCCUGAACGUUAGGAAAAAUAGAACUCACGCAUUUCAAACUAAAGCCGUGUAGUUCGACAUUAAUUAAUACACCAUGUUCAUUGCUUGGCGAAGUCUAAACAUUUCACUUUACGUGUGUGUAUAUAUAAUUUUAUAUAUAUCCUCGUUUAACACAAUUUCCUACUGUAACAGUUUAUAUAAAUUUUUUUUUGCUUCUGUUAAAGUUAGUACUUCUUUUACCUGGAUAAAUAAAAUUUAAACUAUAUGAAGAAAAUAAAUUAUUGCAGGAGAGCACAUUUAUAAAUUGUAUACAUAAUGAGAUACCUUUGUAAAAUCUCAAGUAGGUUUUUAAAUGUCUAAGCACGUAUGGCUAUGCUACUAUUGAAGAAACUCAUUGCGGAUAAAACUCAUUUAGGCCCCUAGCUAAGUGCAGUCGGGUGGUCUUGUGUUGCAACCAUAUGUUUUAUAACAUGAAGCAAAUUUUGUAAACUUUUUAUACUAUUUCCUAGUCUUGGUUCUUGUAAGGAAAUAUAUGUUAAUGGACUCGGUUUUAUUAAAUGUUCCUGUAAAGGAUAUAAAUUCACCACAUUUUCCAUUUUUCUGAAGACGAGAUUUCGAUUGUUAACUGCAUAUACUUUUGCUAAAUUUACAAUAUGUUAUGAUAGUUGGAAAGUUUGGGGAAAUAAAUGCUUAAACAUAUAUUGAUUCAAAGCCACGUUUCUAUACAUAUUUGGCUUUCAUGUAAUAUUUUUAUUAACAUAAUUUGGUAAAGACAUAUGCCUCAUUAAAAAUUAGUUUUAUAAAACAAUGUUUCCUGUACAAAUUUUUCCUUUCACUGGGUACUCAAGACACAAAAAAACAAUUGAUAGCACUUAAUGUAACUAUUUUAAACCUUCAUAAAUAUAAUUACUUGGAAAAAUUCACUAGAAUUUGGUUAUAAAUUCUACUAAAAAUAAAUCAGUGGUAAUUAGAGUCGGUCAAUAUUAAUAUAGUACAGUAUUUAUUAAUAAUACGCUUUGAAGUAGUUGAAAACCGUACCUAGAGCUAAUGCGUACAGCUUUCUGGAAAAUUAUUUCCAAACAUUCUGUAGCAAAGACCCAUGCUGAACAGAAAACCAGUUUUGCAGCCAAUAAAAAACAGAGUUUUAAGCUAAUGGUUUUAAAAUACCCGUCUUCGAAAUAAAACUGAAUCAAUAUUAUCAAACUCUCAAUGAUUAUGGAUUUUUUUACACACUUUCUGAAGGUUAAUGCAAAACACAAGCAGCUUAACCUAUGGAGAGAAUGCAAAAAUUAUAAUUUCCUGUAAUUUAACAAAAGAUUCCUUCGAAACUAGGUAUCAAGUGAUAGUUUUAACAUUACAAGAAAUAUAUUGUAACUUUGUACAGCUCAUAACUGUGGUUAGUUUUGCAUGUAUGAAAUACAUUUUUUCGGAUAAUACGAAAAUACGAAAAUUCUUAUGAAAAUUGGUCAAUGAUUAUAUAUUUUAAUUGAUGUUUCAUUAUAGCAUAUUUUAUAAAACAUAAAAAGAUGAUCGAUUAUUCAGCAGCUGAACUCUAUUUUGUUUUAUUAUGUUUAUUUAUGUGCCCAGUUAAUACUGGAAAGGUAUUCAGGGAACGGUUUACAAAUAAUUUAAUCAUUGGAGGCACUGGGACAAUACAAUGUAUAAAUUCCCGGGUAAGAAUCCGAACCCAGUAUUACUGCGAACACUGUUGUUUUGUAAUAGAGUUGUUUUCAUGUGAAUGUACAAAUUUAUAAAUAUCUUUGAUUUUUCGUGAAUAUUUAUUUUUCAUUUACCAAAAAAAUAAUACAGUAUACUAACAAAUUUUAUAGAAUUAAGGAAACCAAGCACUCUGAAGAACUCUUUGCAAAAAUAGACAAAGGCUAGAAAAAAUAAAUUUCGUAUCAAAUUAAUAAUUUCAAAUAGUUAUAUUUAGUAAGUUUCCGUAGAAAUAUCUAAUCCGAUAGAUACAAGGAACCAAACAUAAGGAUAAAAUUACGUAACUCCAAUAAGGUCGUGGGAUAUUCUUUAAAAAUUACACUAGUCAUUUUAAAUGAUGCCUCGGCUUCUAGAUUGCUUCUAACAACCUCAUUGAUUUAUCAUGUACUUAUUACAUGUAUUCGGUAGCGUAGAAGAAAAUAGAUUAGUAGGUAUAUAGUUCUAAAUCUUAUAUUACAUAUUCCUAUGCGUCAACUAGUGGAGGCGUUAGAAUUUACAACAAAUAAAAACAAGAAUGAGGUUUACAUAAAGUGUUUAACGACAGGAUUUUUGCAUGCUAAAGAUAACGGCAAGUCACGGACGUAUAUUUUUAUAAUUGUAUUGAAUUUGUUAAAUUGGGUUUAGUUGCGGUCAAGGGAUCGGUCCGCCACAACUCUUACCGCACUCCUGUUCCGGGCUAUUAUUUUUAUUUCCCUGGAAGUUAAUCAGGGGUCGGAACCAAAGAUCUCUUGGGUUCGAUUCUCAGUCGGGUAAGGUUUUUUUUUUCCACUUUUGGGAGAUUUAUUUCCUCUGUUCAAUCCUGGGUGAUUUCUUGUCUCUUUACCAUCCUCCCCUUUCUUGCGAAAGGCAUGGCGGACCAUUGCAAAAUCAUCUCAUAUAGAACGUGAAAAGUCCUAUUCCCCCGCCAGUAGUAAAAAACCAAAGUUCUUUGGCUUAACGCUCCGAUAUUCUGAUAAUUUGACCAUAAAUUCUUACAUAAUUUAAUAAGUGAUUGCAUUUUUAUUUUACACGCAACAUAUUAUAAUAAAUAAAAAAAUAAUUAUGAAGCUAUAAAAUCAACAUCUUAUGUAUUUUUCAACAAUAAUUUUUCUUAGCCUCCACGUUAAGUUAAAAAGGUUUUAGUCAUCUAAAGGCAAAUUUUUUCUUGACGAUUUAUUCACGAUUUCGUAAACGUAUUUGCAUUUUCUUUAUGCACCGUAAAUUCAUUAUUAUAAAUAUAUUUAAAAAUGAGGUUUUGCUUUGUAUCCCGCUAAAACAAAUGGAUUGCAUGAUAACCAUCUAAAACUUUAAUUAAAUACAAAUAACCUUUACGCUAUUAUUUCAAAAUAUUGCUUGAAAGUCAUUAGACAAGCUUACCCAGAUUCGAGUCAAAAUUUUACACCAAAUGGCGAUUUAAGCUUAUGAUACAUAAAUAUAUUUCCCUUUAUAAAUUAAUUUAGAAGCUUUCUGUGAUCUUAAAAAACUAUAAAAAUUGUUAAAUAAAAAUCUAAGAAGACAGUCCAAAAACAUUGAAAAACUUUUCAUCGCACAUGUAUCUUUUAAUUAAAAAUGCAAUGAAAUUUGUUAAUGAAAAUAGUUUUUUUUUACAAUUAAAGCCUGGUGCUACGUAACAGUACACCAGAAGAGAUUUAUCACUUGUAAAAUACAUUACUAGAAGGUAUUCGCAAUACUCUUAUAUUUUACAAGGAAAAAAAAAUAAAUAUGAAGAAACCCAAUCUUAAAAAAUCGCAAAAUUAAUCUAAACACCAAGUUGUUUUCAUACAUUUAUAAAUGUAUUCUAUUUAAAACUAAGUAUUUUUUGUUUGUAUUUUAUGAGAUGUAAAAUCCAAAACAUGGCCUAAAUAUGGAAACCGUCCAGUGUAACAUUUUUUUUGUGGUUGUUACAUGUUGAAUUAGGCCACUGUGUUAACAAAACAAACAACCACGUUCGCUCAAAGUUAUUAACAAUAGAAAGUUUCCAAAAAAAUUAAAAAAAAUUUUAAGAAUUAAGUUUUGUGUGCUUCUUCUUCGUACUCGAAAAACAUCUUGGGGAAGAAUGAAAAAAAAUGUUUUAUAUGCCUCCCAUAGCAAAACUGAUUUUAGUUGCAGCGUUUGAGACACUGCCAAACUUUUUGAAUAUUAAAGUGUAAGAUGUAACAGCAGGAAUGUCCAUAGCUUACUUUUACUGUAACAUAUUUGACAAGUCCUACAUAAUUCCUGUAUGUUGGAAGAGUAAGUUUAUGGAUUAAUGUUUCUAAAGCUAAGUGAGACUAUAAGACUUCAUAUAACUAAAAUUUAAAAAAAAAUGCAAAUCAUGUAAUUUAAAAGUUUCCUGUACAAACAGCAUGUAAUGAUUAGGGAAAUAUUUUACGUGAAAUAAGUGUUUCUUAUGUUUGUUACUAAGUAACACUGACUAUUAUGGUUAAGUAAAUGCUGAAUACAUGCUAUGAUUUUAGCCUACUCAGUCAAAGUGUAAAAUAAUGUUAUUUAAGCAUAAUGUGUUGGCCUCUUUUGUGCUUGUGCCUGUAAAGCUGAUAGUAGUCAUGCGAGUUGAUGGUGCCGUGGGUACAGCCUUUGCUUUAUGCACAAAUUCACUAAUUAUGUUAUUUAAGCAUGACGUAUUUACACCUUUUGUACAUACACGCGUGAAACUAAUAGUAGUGCUGUGAGUUGAUGAUUACUAUCAGCUCAGCUCUUUAAUUGUGAACAGGUUUAUUAAUAUUAUUUAUGGUAACUUCUGUGAUCAUGAUUCGUACUGAUAUGCCAAAGUCCCAAAUUAAUAACAUGCCAUCCCGUAAUGGAUAUUCAUUCCUGCACAAGAAGACAUUUGUUCCAAUACUCAAACUUGAUGUUUAUGAUGCUUAAUUACAGUAAAUAUAUGAAAGUAUUCAUUAUAUGUUACUGGCCUCCAUGUUUCAUACACCAAACAAUUAUUGUGAAAUUAUUGCUUACUAAACUACCUCGGAAACUAAAAAGGCUUAGCUAAUUAUGUUGAAUCUAUGUGCUAGACAAUGGAUUUAAAAAUUAAUGUGCAAAUAUGAAAUGUAGUUGUUUCUAUUUAAUAUUUAAUUAAUUACGAAAACUGUACACGUACGUCAAAAUUAUUCGUAUAGUACAUAUGGACACAGAUAUGAAAAUGCUUAUGUAAUUAUAUUUCUAAAUUUUCUUGCCUCACACAUAUUAAGGACACACAAAGUUUGUUUUAUUUGUAGUGUAACUUAUAGAGAUGAUUAAUACAAUGUCGAAGAAAAAUUUUGCAGUGAUAUUUUGUAAAUAUGAUAUUCAAAGAGUUACAGUUAAAAACAAAAUGAGUGGACUGUUUCUGUGUCACACAACCACACAUAAAAAUAUGUGAAAUAUCUAAUUUAAAUAUUUUACAACACGAGUGGAAAAUAGUUGUAGUUUGUUAAAGCUCUGGUUGCCACUGCAAAGGGUUGAAACGUAACGCGGAAUCAUUUUGGAAAUUACGUCAUUUUUAAAAUUUAGCUUCCUACUUAAAAAUAAUCAUAAAAGAUUUUUACGUUAAAUAAUGCAGUAUUAUUGAUGGUUCCUUAAAACGUAUUAAUUUUACACGCAUGCGUUUAAACGUUUACCUGAAUAUGCAUAACAUUUAUAAACUUAAUAUGUUCCAAAAUUAUUUCUUAAUUUGCUGAAACCUAUUUUAAAAAUAAUUGUUUUGUCAGUAAAAUAUUUAAACAGUACUCUAAGAUAGAGAAAUAAAUUUACAAUUUCAUCCCUGAUCAUUACUUAUUAACUGUCAAUUUAUUUAAGAGUGUGAGUCUAUCAUCAUAAGAAACACCGAGGAGUAAAGCCUCACAAUGUACUCACAUUUCUGGUUAAAACAAUAAGAGACUUUAAGAUCCUACAUGAUAAUAAAGAAUCAUAUGGCGAGUGGAAUAUAUGAUGAAAUAUAUUUGCAUUGCAAACGAGACUUUAGAGGAACAAUUUUUGUAGGUUAUAUUUAUAUUUGAUUUGUUAAUAAUCAUAUGAAGAAAUUAUUCCUUUUAAAAAUUAAAAUAUCUGCCAUGUUUGAUUUAAUGAAAUUACCAAGAAAAAUACUUAUAGAAAAUUGUCCGAUAUCUUACACUAGCAUUCCAAUUUUGUAAAUCAUAAAAUAUAUUUUGUAUACUAUGUAUAAACAUUAACUAAAUUUCUCUACAAAUUUUGAGAAAUUUAACUUUGUUUCUUCAUUCAUAGUAAACACCUGGUUUUAAAUUUGUUUUGACAUUCAAAACAUGAAAUAAUCAGCUCAAAGCCAAAUAAAAUCUGGAAUAUUUGGUCUUUGUGAUUUGAAUGAAAGUUUCAUCAAACAUGGUAGAACAUUUCAUGAAAUAAACUGUUAUAAGGCCUACGCCUAACAAGGAGAUAAUCACAGUUUGCAAAUUAGUUGACUUCUUAAGACAACUCUUCAGCUAGUGAUGCUACUAUAACGUUAAAAAAUAAUGAAAACGUUAUAUUUUGAAGUGCACACAUUUUAUUGUUUAAAUAUAUUUCGCGCAACAUAUUUAGAUUCACACUUACAUAUUUUCAUACACAUUUAGUAAUUAAAUACGUUCAUACACAUCCAUGUACAAACACAUACACAUGCAUACUGUACAUAACUGUAUAAUUACAUGACUGUAUAAUUACUUAAAUUAACAUAUAUUACAUCGUUUAAAGUGUCUUUGUAACCGCUUGGCCUGUCUGCCUUAUAAAAAUUAAAAAAAUAAUUAAAUAAAUUGUUACACCAUUUAGACUAUUAACAGUAAAAAUAAUUAAUUAUUUAUUUCAGUUAAUGGCCACACAAAACAUAGCAAAACUUAAAUGUUUUAAAAAAAAUUCAUUUGAUCUAUCUUUUGGUUGUGUCGAUACAGAAUCAGAUCCAGAAUUAUAUGUCAUUCUUUCUCCUAAACCAAACUCUUCUAUUUUUUGCUAUGAAAUUAAUGUAGUCUUAAGAUUUUUUUCUAAUGGUGAUAACGAUAGCCUUUCAAAACUCUCUUUAAUCUCAUAGCUUUAAAAAAAUUAAUAUGUACUUAUUGUAUACUGUAGAGAAAUUAUGUGAAACGUAGAGAUAGAUGCACUCUAGAAUUUUUGCCAUGAACUUAGAGCACGUAGAUUAAAGCUACAUUCAUAAUUAGAAAGAUAAACAUUUAGCUUUAGCUUAAAUAGUAAAUGAAAAUUGUAAUGCUAUUAAUAUAGAAUAAUACAGUGAUAGAAUACUACACAGAUGAAAUUUACAAAAUAUUCGAAACUUUAUAUGUAGGUAUAUGCCUUGUAUGAUUACUGACAUUGCCUUUAAAAUUUUGUGAUGACGAUGUUUUUUGCAAACGUUUACCCUUUACUGCACACGCAUCAAGUAUUUAUAAAAUAUAUAUUUUGUUGCAUGAAUUUAUUAAUCAUAAAUGUUUCGAAUUUUUUUACUUUUUACUCUUAAGCUAUAUUGCUAAACAUUUCCCAAAUUAAUUACCAGGGUGAAUGUUUGAAUGUGAUUGUACUACUCAUUAAAAAUCGCCAGGUUUAAUAUUAUAUUAGGAAUGUGUUAUAAGCAUUAUUUGCCUAAGACGCUGUUUAUACAUUAAGACCUGAAAUAAAAAAAGUAUUUUUCAAG